UCGCCGACACCACGACCACUCCCACCCCACAAUAGCAGCCCGUUCCCCGGGUAGAACCACCAGCUAUACCCGAUCUGACAACCGGACCUCCGUCGAUUUAGGAUUAUUAUUAUUUAUUUAUUUUUGCAAUGUAAAGAUGGCCAGGGUCGUCCCCAACCUGGUGUCGUUCCUCAGCAGCCUGCCGCUCCGGGUGCGGGCGCUGGGCUACUGGUCCCUGGUCUACGGCGCCUCCCUGCUGUGCGCCGCCGCCGCCCUGCUGCGCCUCUGGUGGAGCGUCCUGCUCAGACCCAGCGGCACCUUCCAGUGGGGCGUCCGGGGCGACCCCCCGCCGGCCUGCCUCAACGACACGUCGCUCGGGACCCACUGCUACGUCCGGAUAAAGGAGUCCGGUCUGAGGUUCCACUAUGUGGCGGCUGGUGAACGGGGGAAACCCCUCAUGCUGUUCCUCCACGGCUUCCCAGAGUUCUGGUUCUCGUGGCGGUACCAGCUGCGGGAGUUUAAGAGCGAGUUCCGCGUGGUGGCGGUGGACAUGCGGGGCUACGGGGAGUCGGACGUCCCUCUCUCGGUGGAGAGCUACCGCUUCGAGCACCUGGUGACCGACGUCCGCGACAUCGUGGAGUACCUCGGGUACAACCGCUGCUGUCUGGUGGGCCACGACUGGGGUGGCACGGUGGCCUGGCUGUUCUCCAUCCACUACCCCGAGAUGGUGACCAAGCUCAUCGUGCUCAACUCCCCGCACCCCUCCGUCUACGCAGACUACGCCCUGCGUCACCCCAGCCAGCUCCUCAAGUGCAGCUCCUUCUUCUUCUACCAGCUGCCCCGCCUGCCGGAGCUCAUGCUGUCAAUCAACGACUUCAAGGCCCUCAAGGCCCUGUUCACCAGCCGGAGCACGGGCAUCGGGAGGAAGGGCCGCUGGCUGAGCUCCGAGGACAUGGAGGCCUACCUGUACGCACUGUCCCAGCCCGGGGCCCUCACCGGGGCCCUCAACUACUACAGGAACGUCUUCAGCUCGCUGCCCCUCACCCAUCAGUGCGUGCGCUCCCCGGUGCUGCUGCUGUGGGGGGAGUGCGACGCCUUCCUGGAGCAGGGCAUGGCGGAGGCCUGCCGCCUCUACAUCCGCAACCACUUCCGUCUGAACAUCAUCUCGGGCGCCGGCCACUGGCUGCAGCAGGACCAGCCCGACAUCGUCAACACCCUGAUGUGGACCUUCAUCAAGGAGGGCGAGGGCCGCAAGAGCCACCGGCACUGACGCACACACACACUCAGACACACACACACGGGCAGACACGCACGUACUCACACACGCACGCGCACAGGGACGCACUGCCGCACACACACACACACUCAAACACAUACACACACACACAAACUCAGACACACGCACACGUGCAGACACGCACGUACUCAAAGACGCACGCGCAAGGGGACGCACUGCCGCACACACACACACACACACUCAAACACAUACACGCACACACACAAACUCAGACACACGCACACGUGCAGACACGCACGUACUCAAAGACGCACGCGCAAGGGGACGCACUGACGCACACACGCACACAAACACAUGCACAACACAACCACACACACACACACACACACACACACACACACGUACAUGCAAACGCACACACUUCCACACACACUUAAACACACAGACACGUGCGCAGCGACCACCUCCUCCUUACCUGGGACAUCAGCCUACGUUUAGACAAUGCGAUCAUUCUCUUAGAUUUUGGCACAUUUUGCGUAUUUUUAAAGAUGUCAGCCGAACAGCGGAGAGAACAAAAGCACAGGAGAGGAGAGCAGCACCACGCCGUAUUUUUGACACACAUAAUUAAAACGUUUUUUGCACAUUUUGACAUUCGCCUUAAGGUGUGUUGUUGACUAACAUGCGUGGCAAAGUCUUUUCCGUGGGUCGUGUUGUGAGGUGCCUUUUGAUCUUUGACGUAAUGUUUGCCGAUGUAACGCCGUUUGCUCUACCGUACGUAUCAAUGUCCUGGCUGGUCCCGACUGGUC